AUGGUUUCCAAUACUAAAGUCAUCUUUGCCAAAAUUCCUACUGGUUACCCAGAAAUUGGAGAGCAUAUGGUUGUCAAGAAAGAUGAAAUUGACCUUGAUGCAGAUAUUCCACAAGGAGCCGUCCUUGUCAAAAAUUUAUGCUUAUCUGUGGAUCCCUACAUGCGUGGCCGUAUGCGUGAUGCCAAUGUCGAGUCGUAUAUUUCUGCUUUCACUCUUAACAAGCCUAUGGAUGGUCAUGGUAUGUCUGAAGUGAUUAAAUCCAACAACAAUAACUUUAAAAAGGGAGAUAUUGUCUUUGGUAUGGUCGGCUUUGAAGAAUAUACUCUUGUUCCUAAGGAGAAUACUUCUGAGUUGGAAGUACGCAAUGAAGCCAAAUCUUCCAAUAUUCCUCUCACAAACUAUAUCGGAGUCCUUGGUAUGCCUGGCCUAACUGCCUACGUUGGGUUGAAAAAGUUUGGUAAGCCCAAAAAGGGAGAGAGUCUCUAUGUUUCUGCAGCUUCAGGUGCUGUUGGUCAGCUUGUUGGACAAAUGGGGAAAAUUCUUGGUUUACAUGUCGUUGGAUCUGCUGGUUCAGAUGAAAAAGUUGCUUACUUACGGGAACUAGGCUUCGACGGCGCAUUCAAUUACAAGAAGCAAGAUACGAAAGAAGCCUUCAAAGAGCUUUUGCCAAACGGUAUCGAUAUCUAUUAUGAAAAUGUUGGUGGUAAGAUGCUGGAAGAUGUCAUUAGCCAUUGCAACAACUAUGCUAGAAUCGUCUGUUGCGGUAUGAUCUCUCAAUAUAAUACCACCGAACCUUAUGGUGUCCGUAAUCUUAUGCAAGUUGUUGUCAAAUCAUUGGAAAUCCGUGGUUUUAUCGUCCAUGAUAAUUUUGACAUGCAAGAAUCAUUUAGGAAAGAAGUAACUGAAUGGAUUAAGGGUGGUAAAAUCACAUAUAGAGAAUCUGUCGCGGAAGGUAUUGAAAACCUUCCUCAAGCGUUCAUGGAUGUUCUGCAUGGAAAGAAUUUUGGCAAGCAAGUCGUUAAAAUUGCAGGAUUGUAG